UAAUCUGAUUUCUGAUAAUCUGUGUGACCUGUCUGCCUGCCAUCUGCAUUCUCUUCCAUUGGGCUCCCCAUAAUAAUUUUGUUAAAUUAAAUCAAACAGUAUGGAAAAUAUUGCUGCAAAACGCAUCAAAAGGGAGUUUAGAGAAGUGAUCAACAGUGAAGAGGUAGCUGGUGGUCACAUUAAGCUGGAUCUGGUGAGCGACAGCUGGACUGAGCUGCAGGGUGCUAUAGCAGGGCCACCCGACACUCCCUACGAAGGCGGCACCUUUCUGCUCGAAAUCAAAGUACCAGAGACAUAUCCAUUCAACCCACCUAAGAUCCGCUUCGUGACCAAGAUAUGGCACCCGAACGUGUCCUCUGUGACCGGUGCUAUAUGUUUAGACAUCCUCAAGGAUCAGUGGGCAGCGGCCCUCACCUUGCGAACCGUCCUCCUCUCCAUUCAAGCCCUCCUAUCGGCCGCCGAGCCGUCUGACCCGCAAGACGCGGUCGUGGCGAAACAAUACCGCGAAAGCCCACACUUAUUCCAGCUCACCGCUCGACAUUGGACAAACAUAUAUGCAGGCGGACCCACACCAAUCCGAGAGUUCAACCAGAAAGUUCAACGUCUAUUGGACAUGGGCAUAGACGAACACGACGCCAGAGUGGCACUCUCUCAUUAUAAUUGGGAGCUUGAAAGGGCUACAGAGCAGUUGUUUAGUUAGUCAUCCAAAUUUAUUAUUUAGUUUUACUUGUAUGCGUAUUAGGGUAUUUUCUAUUUGAUAGCCUGUCGAGUACUGCUCGAGAGUAAGACUGUGUGUAUUGAUUUCCUUAAGGUUCCAGCAUGGUGCCGGCUAACUGAUAAACGCAGUUGGCGAAUUGCUGAGAGAUCCUUUGAUGUUUUUCAAAAUCAAAAGACUACAAAGUUGUCGGCAUCAUCUAGUAUAAAAUAAAUUGAAAAUCGAACCUAAGUUAUUCUAAAUCACCUUCAUUUUAUCGAUAAAAGAGGAUCAAAAAUCAGUCCUAUUCAGCACUAAAUUUAUCUGUCAAAUAGAAAAUACUGCUGUGACUUAGCGAAUGAGAGAAUGUGUUAUAGAAAUCACAAAAUAUUGAAAAUUAUCUGUUCUUAGUAAAUGUGCUCCCAGACCCAAGCUUAAAAUGUUUUAUAUAAAAAAAAAAUUGUUUCAGUGUUGUCAUGUUACAUCGUCAUUUUACAUCUAACAAAAUGAAAUAUUAUUUUUAAAACUUCUGUGCACAUUGAUGUUCAGGUAUAUAAUAGGUCAUAAUAAUAAUAAUUAUUAAUGAAAGAAAUGAAAUGAAAUAAUAAAGAAAACAUUUUUGUUAAUUGUAAGAUUUUAAUCUAUUAAACUAGGCAUGUUUAUUUAUUUAUAUAUUAUACAAAUUCGAGCAGUUUUACUUUAUGUGAAUAAUUAAUUAUUAUUUAUGAAUGAAAUGAGAUAAUAAAGAAAACAUUUUUGUUAAUUGUUAGAUUUUAAACUAUUGACCAGGCAUGUUUAUUUAUUUAUACAUUAUUAUACAAGCAGCCGUUUUACUUUAUUAUAAAUUAUCUCGGACUUACUAGUCCUAAAUACAGAAACGCUUAUUGUUUAAGUGUAGUAGCUGAUAAUAAUAUUUUACACCUUUUUAUAUACUUAAAGGGAAUAAUAAUAACACUGAUCAUAAUACAAUAUAAGCUCCUUUUUGAAUGUUUUUAAAAAGGAUGCAUUGAGAAUUUUUGUGACUUUUUGUAACUUUUAAGUUAAAAACAAUGAUUAAUAGUUAUUUGUUCAACAAGAUAGCAAAAUUCAUUUUUGCUGCGAGUGCCUAGUUUGAACCCCGAGCGGGCGAAGGAUUCUAUAAUAAGUUAGAAUCUUGAGUGUAGCGAGAGGUUCAAAGGCACAAGAAACAAAAAUUUUGCUAUCGUGUGAUACAUACAACUUUUCACCUCGAUAGCGAAAAGACAAGAUUUAAGAAAAUAAUUAUUUAUUGAAACACUAAGAUAUUUUUAUAUUCAUGUAUACCUAUUACAUGUUUAUAUGAUAAAACCAGUUUCUGAGUAGAUCUUCACACUUUUAACAAAUUUCCAAUCGUUAAAUAAUUCAAAGGCUUUCAAGUAUUUUUCACGCCACUUUUCCGGAACAAAGUUUAAUUCAGCGUUAGACACUGAUUCCUUUAAUAACUGAUGGUUUUAAAUUAUCUCUAGAAUCACUCACUUUCUUAUGUUUAAAACUUUUAUAACAAUUAUCUACAAAGAAAUUAGAUAGGUAUGUUUUUAUUAAGCUUUAGACCUCAUAGACAAUUUUUCUUUUGUUUUUCCGCCAUGUUUUAUUCCUUUUUAAUCUGCGUUCGGAAUUGUGUCAAUCAUAAAAUAAAAUAUAUUAAUAAUAAAUCAAUAUUAAUUUUCUUUUACGUUUCAUGUUGUGUUACAGAAUUAUAAAGUCUAAUACACAUUUUAACAAAAAGCAAAUAUUUCAAAUAAUAAGUAGAGAGUUAAAACAAAUUUGUCGAAAUAAAAUGUAUGGGGUAUGCAAUAUUCACAACAUUUUCGAACGUGAACGAAGAAAUGCCAAUCCAAAGCAUUCUAAAAAAAUUAAUUUAUCUACGACUUACCAGGCCUGCAUGGUCUACGACCCUUGCCUUUCCUGAAGGGGAUAAAAUUAACAUCAUCAUCAUCUAAAAAAAAAAAUACUUUUUCUCACUCCAGUGAGCAAAAUUGAGUUUUGCUCACUGGUUUUAGGCAGCGAAGGCGCCCUGUUUGAGCUAGAGAGGUAAAAAGAAAAUUAUUUCUGUAUUUAAUGCUUUUUGAAGCUUAAACUAAAAUUAAUUACUACAAACAAAAUCUCAAAAAGUGCGCCACAUGCUGAAAAGUUU